AUGUCAUUUUCUCCAUAUACGCAAAACGGCGGUACAAUCCUGGCAAUCGCAGGUAAAGAUUUUUGCGUUGUCGCGGGUGAUACUCGUCAAUCAGAGGGCUUCUCCAUCCAAUCGAGAUACGAAACCAAAGUCUGGAGAUUGAAUGAGAAAGCAACUAUCGCAGCUAACGGCUUCGCUGCUGACUGCAAGCAACUCGUAAAGAGAGUGAAAUGGAGACUCGAGACUUACAAGCACGCUCACAACAGAGAAAUGCCACUUAAAUCCAUAGCCAGAAUGGUACAAACCAUGCUUUAUGGUAAGAGAUUCUUCCCAUUCUACUCAUACGUAAUCAUUGGUGGUAUUGAUGAUGAUGGCACUGGUGCUGUCUACGGCUUCGAUCCUGUUGGCAGUUAUGAAAGAGAGACCUGCAGGGCCGCAGGUGCGGCUCAAUCGCUUCUUCAACCAUUCCUCGAUAAUCAAAUUUACUUCAGAAAUCAACAGCCAGCUGACCCAACCAAUCCUCCUAUACCUGGUACCCUUCCACUCGAUAAUGUCUUGGCAAUCGUAACAGAUUCUUUCACAGGUGCAACUGAGCGUCAUAUUGAAGUCGGUGACGCUUUAGAGAUGUAUGUUGUCACAAACAGCAACUGUGACUUAGGUGCUCUUCAGCAAAUCACUCAAUCUGCUACCAAAACUGAUUUGGAACAAGUCGCUAGAGAAGAAGCUGAGUUUAACGGUCCAAAAUCAUGCAAGACUUUCAAAUUACUACGUCAAUUGAAGAAGGAUUAA